GAUUGUAUCUCCCAGCCGGCCAGCACGGAAUUGGUAUCUCUGUGACUGAAGGCAGUCAAGGCUUUCGUGGAUAUGUGGACAACACUUACUGCUGUACUUGUCUGUAGCUGGGCAGUCUGUCACGCAGCUCCCCCCACACUCAGGCUCGUCAGUCUGGUAUACCGACACGGUGACCGCAGUCCCUUCAGGACGUACCCGAACAACCCCAACGCCAUCGAGAAGUACUGGCCCCAGGGACUAGGAUGGCUCACCAUGGAAGGAAUGAAACAACACUACUCGCUUGGUCGUUUCAUCCGUCGGCGCUACUCUGGGUUUCUCAGUGACAAGUAUCUGCACACAGAGGUCACCGUGGAGAGCUCAGACGUGGACAGGUGUCUGAUGUCUGCCUACUCCAACCUGGCCGGUCUGUACCCUCCAAGUGGGGACCAAGUGUGGAACAGCAACAUCCCCUGGCAGCCCAUCCCCGUCCACACCAGGCCAGAGCCCGAGGAUAACAUGCUGGCUCUGCGGAAGCCCUGUAAAAAAUACGACCAAAUCGAGACUGCCAACUUUGCGUCUAACCGUCUUAAGAAGCUAGUGGCUGCAGAUAUGGACUUCAUCCAGUUCAUUAGCAGAGAAUCAGGUUUCAAACCUUUCAGAGUGCGUGACGUUGGGCCUGUGGCGGACACACUUUUUUGCGAGAAAACCCAUAAUAUAACUUGGCCGACCUGGGUGAAUGAAACCAUCUACGCUAAACUCAGAGAGUUCGAACAAAUUGGCUUCGAUCUUCUGUUCAGUGACAACGUCGGACGUUUGAAAGGAGGUCCUCUACUAGAGAAGUGGAUAGACCUGGCACAUAAGAAGGUCGCGUCCAAGAGCUACACUACCAAGAUGAAUAUGUUCUCGGCUCAUGACUCCACUGUAGUGGCGGUACUGAGCGCGUUGAAGCUCUACAAUAACUUAAUCCCGCCCUACACGUCCACCGUCUUCAUGGAGCUGCACGAGACAGGGGCCGGUGUCUUCCACGUGGAGCUGUACUACAGGAAUGUGUCAUCCACAGACCCUAACGAUGACACACAGCCUCAUCAACUCACCAUCCCAGGUUGUACGUCCCAGUGCCCAUUGGUCAACUUUGUGUCCCUCACCAAAGACAUGGUUCCCACAGACUGGGACGCCGAGUGCGCCGCCUCCAACACAGGUACAAUCAUCGGGAAGCGAGGACAACAUGCCAGUCCAGUCAUCAAAGUUCUUCAUCCACACUUAAAAUAAAGAUUUGCUUCAAGAACACACCAACUGACCUGAAAUGUACAUUACCAUACAUAUAUCCAUCAUUAAGGUGCUCCUCGGUGAUUAAGGUGAUUAAUAAAAUCAUGACAAAAAAACGAUAGUGAGUGUGUCUGAAAACAA